GUUUUUAGAGUUUGAAAACAAUAUGGUUCGAAGUAUUUAAGAGGCAGAAGUAAUAAUUUUAUAGUUAAGUGUCGGUUAGCUGUAUAGAAAAAUUAAGCUCGAUGUGUGCGAGGAGUUAGUAGGUUUUGGCAGCUUCUCAGUCGCUAUUAGCUAGGUAAGCUAACAUUAGCCAUGAUUAAAAGUUACCGAUAGCUCGCUGCACGGAUUUAGGCUGUGGGCUAAACCGGAAUAUGCCGAUACACAGCUAUAGAUCAUUUAUAAAUGGACAGCUUUGAACAUGGAUCGAAAGACGAAGCGGCUGGAAAGUCAACUGUGCAAAGCUGUGAACGAUGGAGAACCCAGAUCUGUGCAGCUGCUUCUCUCACAAGGUGCACGUCCUGACUUUGUGGCUAGUAAAGGAGUGGCUGCCAUACACUUGGCUGUUGGCAAAGAGACUGAGAAGAACACACGCUGCUUGAAAAUGUUGCUGCAAUAUGGAGCGGACCCUAAUAUCAGGUCAUCAGAGGGCCUGACUCCUCUGCAUGUUGCUGCACUAUGGGGAUGUUAUCAAAAUCUGAAAAUGCUCUUGAUGAAUGGAGGGGACCCAAACAUUAAAGAUAAGGAAGGAAAUACACCAGGGCAGCUUGCAGAGCAAGAGGAGAAUAGAAAAUGUGCCCUGCUCCUUCAGGAGUACCAGGCCAGCUCCAUGGACACAGAGGAGGACGACUUGCCUCAAUUCCAAUACUCUGUUUAUUCAGACCAAACGGACAUGUCCAGUUAUCCUGAGUCGGACUACAGCUUCAGUUCCUGCUCAUCUAUGAUAAGUGACUUUGGCGAAGCUCCGUUGAGCAGCACACGGCGCUCGUCAUUUUUAAACUUGUCUGACACUAAUAGGAGGCCAAGUUGCAGAGGAAUAUCAUAUAACAGACUUUGUAAUAUGGACACUAAGAGGCAUCAGAGCCAGGACUGGAACAAUUCCUCUGUACAUUGGGCAUCUGAAGGUCCAUCCAUAUUAUCAAGCACUCGCAUGUCUGCAAUGGGACUUGUAGCUCCAAUGCCAGUUCUUAAGGAGGAUGAUUUAUUUAUCGAUGAUGGUGUGUUCACAUCAAAAGCAAAUAAACAUGCUGCUACUGCUGAUGGCAGAAUCUCUCCCUCUAGAAGAGACACACUUCCAGCAUUUCCCUCCAGGCGAGCGAGCCGCAAGAGUGUGAGCUUCCAGGAUGUAGAUGAAUAUUUCCCUGUUUUUAGUCCUGAGUUUCCCAAGCAGCAGCCUGCUGUUGAUGGCAGCCAGUGCCCCAGCGACUUGUCCUUUGACCUUUCUGAGUACUCUGACUUCCUGGAUUCAGAACGCAUGGCCACUGUUUUACACAAGCAGGGCAUUGACGUCACAUCGCCGGACCACGUUUAUGUUUUCUGCAGGGAGAGCAGUGCAAGCACAGAAGAGGACAUGGAGAAAACAGUCAUCAGUCGUUGUAAUGUGGAAGAGAGUGAUGAUGAACAGGAGGGGGGAAAUGUAAAAGAGAUGCAGGUGAAGUUACUUGAACAGCCAACACGUUCAUGUGGGGGCAGCGGUAGCAGUGGGACCACUAGUAGUCAUUACAGUAGCUGUGAGAGUGACCAUUACACCAGUGCUCUGGAUGCUUCCUUACACCCCAGACAGGUAUUACGAAAGGAAGGUUCUUUUGGGGCUAAGUCUGACAAAAAUGUUGAGAUUUCUACUGACUCUGUUUCUGAAUUGACAAGGCAAGAUGGAAAUCUCACACCUGUUCAACCCCAGAUAGGUUCAAAAUCUGAAACUAUAGAGCAUUUACCAGGUAUCCUUGAUAAACUGACCUUGGAUGAAAUAAAGCACUCAAACAAUGAUGCAUUUGCUUGUAGUGGAGAUGUUGUGAAUACUACAAGCAAAGAUGAUGAUGACAAGUUGGCUACAAAACUAACAUCAAACACCAAAUCUGACGAUUCAGGUGGGGUAUUAGAGGAAAUAGCUGACCUUCCAUUCACACCCAGUCCAUAUGUAACUGGCAGGACUCGCUCAAGGUUGAGUCGUUGCUCCCUGAGAACAAGCAGAAUGCCUGACAGCCUCCUUGUCAUGUCUUCUCUGUUUGAGGAGACCCUACCUACACCAGUUCGAACACGCCGCCAGACACCCAGGUCUCAGAGUAGUGAAGACUAUUACAGUUCACCACAUGCACCUAAUUAUACAUCAUCCUAUUCAAGGAGCAGCGCAGGAGGAGACUCCGUGCCUGCAGAUUGCCAAGGCACACAGUCCAGCACCCUGAGAGCUGGAUCAAGUGUAAGCAAUAGCCAAGCAGAUACCUUCAUCCUCUCCAAGAGCGUAACCGGCAGUGACACUGAAUCACAGACUUUAUCUGAUACAGUUGUAUUGGAGAAAAAUGAGGACUAUUCAAUGGAUGCUUAUGAAAGAAACCUUGCAGAGAUUGUACUUGCUAUGCAAGGCCAAGAAAUGGAUCUUGAUGAAGGUAGGGAUUUUAUGACAGAUGAUCUGACAAGUACAGAUGAGGCAACAACAAAGGGAGAUGUAAUUGAUGCCCCUGUUGAGGACAGAGUGGACAGCUUAAAAAAUGAGGAAGUCUGGAUCGCUGAGGAAUGUAGCUCUCAGCCAGACUCUGUGUCAUCUUCAUCCAGCUCCAGCUAUUUUUCCCCAAGGAGGUCCAGGGAAGACUCUGACCUUCCGUGCACCCCCGGCACCGGAUGCACACCCAGGUACAGCAUGAGCAGGCUGUCGAGCUGCCGCCGGCCACAGCACCUGGCUAACCUGUCUUACACACCUGGAGGGCGUCCGCUCAUUCAGGAUCUGGACGAACCAGUGGAGUACCUCUACACUGACACAGAACAGGGCCACAAGUUGAUUGAGAUCCAUGUCCCGCCUACAGUUAACACCUCACUCAGCUCCAGCAUGAGCACCGCCAGCAGCGAGGAGACCAUCCUUUAUGACUGGCACUCCAUGCAGACUGACAUGAUGAGCAACAGAGGCAAGGAGAACCAGAAGCCCCAGAUGUUACUACCGAAAGAGAAACAUGAUGAGGGUGAGGGCGGUUUGUUGCCAGAGACAAAAGGGAUAACUGACAAGGAGCUGAGAUUGAGGUUAGUGGAGCUGGGGGAGAGUCCAGGUCCUAUCAGCAGCCGCACCAGGCCCACCUACAUGCGAAGGCUGUGGCGUCUGUUGCAGGAGUCAAACUCACAAUCACCGCAUCACCAGAAGCAAAUAGACCAGCCGCAAUCAGAUUUAGGUUACAGUCCAGAAUUGCGUCAGGCCCUGCAGACCUUCAAGCUGCCUGAUUGUCAGGCAGACGAGCAGGCCUUGUGCCAGCAGUUUGACCAACCAGAUCAAAACAGGAAGUGGAGGGAGGGCAUCAUCAAGUCCAGCUUCAACUACCUGCUGCUCGACCCCAGAGUGACGAAAAACCUCCCGUUCCGCAGUCACUCCAUGACUCCACAGGAGUGUUUCCAGACAUUUAUCCACUCCGUAUUUUAUGUGGGCAAAGGAAAACGCUCCCGUCCCUACAGUCACCUGUAUGAAGCUUUAGAGUACUACAGAGGCGACAAAACCUCCAAGAAAUUGUGCCCCAAAGUGCAGCACAUCCUUAAUGUGUGGAACGCCGGGCAGGGCGUCAUCUCUCUGCACUGCUUCCAGAACGUCAUUCCAGUGGAGGCUUACACAAGAGAGGCCUGCAUGGUGGAGGCCAUGGGUUUGAAGAUGCUCACUAAUCAGAAGCGAGGGGAUUUCUAUGGUGUGGUGUCCAAUUGGCAGGUGAGGCAAAAACGGGAGCUGGGCGUCCAUCUGCUCUACCGGGCCAUGCAGAUCUUCAUGGCUGAGGGUGAGAGACAGCUCAGACCAGCAGAUAUCAGACAGUAGCGACCCCCACUGGAGAGAGGUUUGAAUAGCAGCAAACGACCAACGCACAGAAGGGGAAAUAUCACUAGUUCAAAUUAUAAAGCAGCUCUUGGUUGAACAAUGUUGCACUCAAAGGUGGGAUGAGGUAAUUGUCCUUCUGCUACAAAUGAACUCUGAUCACGCCCAUCCUCAGCAAAGUACACUUUGUCACACAUGUGACAUCCUUUGUAAUAUUUACAUCUUUUGAACUCGGUAGUGAAGAUCAUCUUGCUUGUUUGGGUCCUUUUAAAAUCUGUGCUUUUAGUAAAUGUGUCAGUUGGUCAUUAAAAGUGCUGAAAAUGUCGAAAAUGUCUAAGCAUUAAAUUGAACUUGUUCAUAUCUGUAGACAUCCUGUAAAUGUCAAAGCUGCCUGAUUUCUGUUCUGCACUAAUUUCAUUUUGUAUGUAUAUGUGGAUUGGAGAUGCAUUUUCUCAAUACACUGCUCAGAUGAGACAACAAGUAAUGUUUCCACAAAAAACUUAGGAUGGAGCAUUAUAAUUGCGCAUAAAGCAGGUCUUUAUGAGUCAUGACUAACAAGGACAACAAAGUUGUUUUCCAAAAACAUUUUUCUCAGUGGGACACUUUCAUUCUCAACUGCUGUAGUAAUAAUUACUUUUUCAGAUUGAUCCACAACCAAAUUCAAAUAUCUUAUGCAGUAUAAUCAAAGUAACUGGUGCUAUGUUACACAUAAAAAAGUCAAAACAUAAUGUCUGAAAAUAUUUUCCAAAGAGGAUGGGCGAGAGGAAUUUACAAAGGAGGCCUGGUAGCUAAUCACAUUACUUUUGUAGUGUUAUAAAGGCCAGUUAUUGGUCCUUAGUAUGAUAGGUUUCAUGAAUGAAACAACAAUGAAGUGUAGAGUUUUAGAAACUUAAUGUUUGUUAAAAAGAAAUAUAAUUUGUUUACAUGCCUCGAUUUCCAUUUCAUUUACUGUGCCAUUUUGUUAUUGUUAAAAAAUGUAUAGGAGGGAAGUCGAUGAUGUGAUAAUGUCCAACAGUAAUUAGUGUUUGCAUGUGUACAGUUUUUAGACAUGUUUUGUAGAAACAGGGCAGUAGAGUUUGUCAGUA